AUGGCAACCCGGAAAGACUACUUUAUAUACCGUCGUCGCACUCUGGGUCACCGUUUCUGUACAAAGGAGGCAAAAGUACUUCUCUCCACGACCUGUGCGAAAGGAUUCUCUGAGACAACUCCAAACUCCCUCAGUAGAUUCCACCACCUACCAGUCGAGCUGAUUCUCAAUAUCGUCGACUUCCUGCCUCUUGUCGACUCACUCAGUCUACACGCGACCUGCCGCAAGUUGAGGGACCUUCUCAAAGAAAUGAGCAAGACAUAUCGUUUUGAAGAGCUCACGCCUGUGGAUAGAGACGAGUUCGGGUGGAGAUGCCACCUCGACUACUUCCGAAAAGUCGCUCAACUGGAGGAAGAAAAGGAGGAGAAGCAGUUGUUCCUAGACGACUCGAACGUCAUAGGACCACCCAUAUCAUUCCUUUGCAGCUUCUGCCUUGACGACCACCCGUUGUCCGCGUUCACAAAGGCCGAGAUGACGAAACAUCCUGAGGAGCGUAAUUGCAUUGGAGUCACCGCAUCGAUGUAUAUAUGCCCAUGUGUCAGCCUCACGUUUCAGGACCUCCUUACCCUCCGACUGGAAAGCAGACGUCACAUAGAGGGCUGGUACAAGCUAUGUCAGCAACCAUACUGCCAUUCUCCUCGAAACACAUUACCGAUCAUCUGCUUCGAGACCUAUAGGUCCCCUUGCAUCCUCCAGAAAAUACACAUACCUUGUCAAGAGCUCGAUUUCAUGGCAGACAAGGACUUCAAGGGAGCACCGAUGGAUCUAGAGCACAAAGACUUCGGCCACGCAACUCCAAUUGUGCGUGUAGCGCUUUCCGAGUGGAACCAUUAUAUCUGUCCGCACUUACAUAGUAGCGACGAUGCUGUUUGGGGAAAGGCGAAGCGGGGUGCUAGAGCGUACGUGCAGAACUGCGGCGUAUUCUUCGAUCCCUCCCAUAGUUAGUCUGUGCAGAUGGACUGCGGAGUUGAGUAUUGUGGAGCAAGAUUUACAAUGAAUGUGGGAGAAUACCGAUUUAGUGUCGACUUUGCAAUAUAUCGAGAGGUUGAUUUGGGCCUAGUGACGGAUAGGAGUUGGCUUGCAAAGGUACAAGUCUGAUGCAGUAGAGGAAAAAGGGAAGCCUCCAUUUAUUCAAUCCACAUGGUAUGUUUCACAGACAUUAUGAAGCCCUAUAGGGUGAAUCAAACCGCACAUAAUUUCACGGACACAUGACGCACAAAUCAGCAACAUGGAGGAAUAGGUGAACAUUCUGCCUCAAC